AUGCUCAAGGCCGCCAAGAAGAAACUCAAAUUCUGGUCCAGAUCCAAGAAGCGGAAGAAAAUCCCCAAUCCCAACGAUUUCCCUCCGCCCUGCCAUUGCUGCACUUGCCAUUGCUCCUCCGCAAUCCAGCCCUCAGCUCCGCCACUUCCCCCAUGGCUAGACGACCGGAUCUUUCCGCCGUCGGAACAUCCCGAGGAAGCAGAAAUCGCAGCGCCGCUUGUGGCCGCUCCGCUGUACCAGCAUUACAUGGAUCCGGAUCCGGUGUACGGAGUGCCGAUCAUCGUGCAAACAGAUAGCAGAAGAGAUGGAUCGAGAUCGAGAAGGUUCGCGGUUUCCGGAUGUGUCGGUGAGUUGGGGAUCAGAAUAAUUGGAUGCUUCUGUCCCUGUUUUCGCACUCCAGAAGCUUAG